AUGAAAUUAUGGAACGGUUUGCAGGUGAAAGAAUACCAGGCCAAGUUGAACGAAAUGCAGCCGGUAAUAAACGAGCGGAAAGACGAGAUGAUUGCAAUGAUAAAAGAUCAAUCAGCAUUAUCUGAUAUCGACAACUCGAAAUUGAGUGCUGUGUUCGUAUGGGCCGGUGUAAUGCUGUUCGCAAUGAGUGUUGCCUUUAUUCUCAGCAAAUGCAUUCUCAGCUCUAUAAUUGGAUUGUUUGUUACCAAGUUUUAUGGUAUAAUUCUAGCAUACACGAUUAUGCCAGCUCUGGCGUAUUACUACAUAACGACGCCAAUCGAGGGCGAUGCUAAUUUAGUGGACCGAUUGCGUCGUUUCCGUCUGUUGGGUGUCGCUCUAGCUGAAGGUGCACUUAACGGAUUCCUCCUCUGUGAAAGAGCCAUACCAGGCGUGCCUCCACCGGCCUCAUUAUGUGCUUUCUCAGUCGGACUAAUGCCAGUGCUCGCCUCAUCAACAAUCGGAAAUGAUCGAAUGAAACUAAUCGGAGUUACUGUCGGUGGUGCAUUCGUUAUGGAUUUGGCUAUAGGAUGUGUAACAGGACUGUCCGCUGGAUUCUUGGUGCUCUGUGUACUUUAUUCAGCUGCUGGUUUUGUGAUACUACAAAUCUAUCUGAAGAAAGGAAAAGCUGAAGCGGUAAACUUUUGA